CUCUUCGACAGGUACCUUUUCGCAAUAUUCACCCCAUCAGCCAGUGGACAUGCGCGGCGCACCGGCUGACUCGCCUUGGGUAGAUGACACUCCGCCCCGAAAGCGCAGGCGGGUUGCGCUUGCAUGCAGUAGCUGUAGGGAGCGGAAAGUCCGGUGCGAUGGGAUGAAACCGGUCUGCAGCCAGUGCAAGAAGCGCGACAGUAAGGCAAGUGAUUGUGUUUACACUUUACUCGCAAAUACUGCCAAGCGUGUCAGCGAGCAGGAAUAUAUUACAAGUCUGCAGCAAAAGGUGCACCGUCUACAGCAAGCUGCUGGAGUCACAGACCAGGGGGAUAGUCGCCCCAACUCAACUCACAAUGCCGAACCACUCAGGGAAAUGACUGGAGAGAUACUUCAGCCAAACAACAGCCAUUCUGACCAUAACGACCUCCGCUUCGACCAGUCUCGCACUGGGUCCAGUUACACCCCCAGUUGCAGCGGUUCGAGUCCAGUGCCACCGCAGUAUUCUUCUCCUAAUCCCAGCUAUCGACACCAGAAUGUCCAGCAGCUACAUACUCCCCAGCGACACGCCACGGGUGAGGACCCUCACGGUCCAAGUCCUAUCAGCGCUAUGGGGGUCACGAUACCAAGUCAAAAUGAGGAGCUAGACCACGUCAGUGGGGACGAGUUCUAUGGAGAAUCGUCGGUAGUUUCGUUGGUACGGGGGAUUGCGCCGCCGCCGCGUCGACCCCGUGGACGACCGCAGCCGGAAUCAAUCAAUUUAACAUCUGAAAGAGACGCGCCCAGUUCUCUGCUGCAAGAACACUUCUCACUGCCUCCUCGGGGUGUAGCCGACAUGCUGCUGGGUCUAUACUUUUCAAGUUGCCAUAUAUUCUACCCAUGGACGCACUCUGUCAGCUUUCGACAGGCCUACAACCGCCUCUGGGCCGAGACCACAUCAACAGAUCUUCCGCGGAGAGGAAAUGAUGGCCCUGAUAUCGGCCUGGGAGGGAAUAGCUGUCCUCGCCACGUGUUCUUCAGUGCCCUUAAUGCCAUGUUCGCGAUGGGCUCCGAAUUCUCGGAUUUCCCUCCUGAGGAGAAGAAGGCUGCCUCUUCCAUGUUCUUUGAUAGGAUGAGCAAGCUAAUACGUUUCGAUAUUCUCGAUAGGGGGAACAUUGCACAUAUUCAGGCUCUCUUACUGGUUGGUCAAUAUCUUCUGUGUACUCACUAUCCUGCACGUUGCUGGAAUGUAGUAGGACUGGCCUGUCGCAUGGCUGUCGGGCUAGGCCUCCAGUCACCACAUUUUUCAGAGCAAGGUUCCGGCCUGGAGGCUGAGAUGAGGCGGCGAGUUUGGUACGCAUGUGUUCAAAUGGAUAUGACGAUAAGCAUGACUUUGGGUCGCCCUCCCUCUCUACGUACAGUCGGAGAUGUUCCUCUGCCGCUCCCCGUCGAUGAUGAAUACUGGGCCUUGGAUUCAGACGCUGGAUGUCAGCCGCAUGGUGUCCAUUCGCGCCACAUUUUUAAUGUUCAAAAUAUCAAAUUAGCAAAGAUUCUUGGGGAAAUCUUGGAACGCGUCUAUCACCCUCCACACAAAACCGAAGCCCAGGCGGGACAUAAACUCGAAGACCUCCCCACUAUACUGGCUCUUGACUCCGAGUUGAACUCGUUGGCAGACUCAUUUCCGGAUGUCAUUCAUUGGGAACGCGGGUAUGGGCUGGAUGUUCCCUUGCUGUUGAAAAGACAGUCCAAUGUUCUGCACGCUAGGUUCCUGCAUAUGAAGAUACUCUUAUAUCGACCAAGUUUUACUGUGUACUGCGCUUCUGUUCAUUCUCGUACAACUGAUAAGUCGAGUUCCACUGCUGACGGCGAUCUGGCUGGGCAGCUAAGGGUCCAAUGCGCCGUAUCAUGUGUCAAAAGAACAUGCGAGUUAGUCAGAUCCUUAGAAAAGGCCAAUAUCACGCGCGCUACCGGUGCUUGGUGGUUCAGCUUAUUCUAUCUUUUGACUUCUGCUAUAGUCCUGAUUAUUGCUGAGUGCACCGAACCUCUCAUGUCUCUACUGGAUGAAGACAUGCUCCUGACAGCUUGGCGAAGUUGUCUCCAAACCCUUGAUGUACUUAGCCACGCGCACCCCUUGGCAAGCCGCUAUCGCCAAUCUCUCGAAUCCCUGCGUGAGCAUAUCUUAUCAGUCCGACGUAGUCCUGACCUGCCCACUGAGGGCCGAAUACACCGCGUCAGUGAUCAGCAGCCCAUGGGGCCCGGAGACUCUACGCUGAGGCCACCUGACGAAGGAAAUCUUGAAGGACAGGUUGGAGACACUGAAAUCAGUACCGGCGCUAUACAUCAGGGAGAAACUGGUCUACGAAGAAUAGGGGAGCCUAUUGAUUUCACCGAAACUGGAGGGGGCUGGGAAUUCGCUGAAAAUGACUAUCAUGGUGGUUCUGGCUUCGAUAUCUCUGCGCUUUUGGGGAGCGGGGAUGCAGAUCUAACCGACCUUCUUAUGCCCCAGUCUAGUACGGAUGUCAUCGAGUACGGAUACCCGUUGGGAGGUCUACUGUGAGGCCAGGAUGAUAGCAUUGGUAUCUGUAUAUUCAAAGUACUGUGAAGCAUCUUUUUCAUCAUAUGUAAUUGUGACUGGGGACAAGCAUGGAUUCAAUCUAUCAGUUUCUGAACCUGGUUUGCUGUUGCAACUCUAUCCCGUCAACUAGUAUGUGAACCGGAAUCCAGGAUGGUCAUCACCCAGAUUCUGCACUUCAUCUGGAUCAAGCGCCAUCCGAUCGUCUCGCGCCCCCUGAUCCCGCCGCCUAUUCUCUCGCCAGAGAAGCAAGAAGAAUAUGACAGAUGCUACAACGCACAACCAAAUCAAUCCCAGACUCGUACCAUAGCCCGUAGGAUAGGACGGCGCCUCAGAAGACAGAAAGAUAUUGCUAGCAACAAUGCCAC